UCACAUUCUGAAAACCGCGUUGUCCAUGCGCGUGUCAAAAAAAAACGAACAUUCGAAAAAAGAACACAAGUUUUUUAAAGAUGCGUUCGUUUGUUGUUUUCUUUUUAAUUUUUUCGUGCGCAUUCGCGUAUGAAAAAGGUUUCCUGCCAGCAUUGGAGGCCAAAUUAGAAGAAAGACUGGCUGAAUAUACUGGUUAUGUUUCAAAAUGGUUGCAAAGUUUCAACGACGAACAUUUAGGAAGACUGCAAUGGGAAGAUUUUUGCACUACGACGAAAUGAAAACGAAGUUGGUGGAAGAUGAAAAUCCAUCCAAAGGGCGUGGCAUGAAGAAGAUGGGUAUGGCCAUGAUGCCGCUGAUCUUCCACAUCGGAGCGACGAGCACGUGGAUGUUGCUAACAACCGUACUGGCCGCCAAGUCGCUGGGCGUCGGUCUUAUGCUGCUCGUCUUCAAGAUUGCUGUCACUUCUGCUAAGUUGGCGGCUUUCUUCACACACCUGAAGCACAGCAAGCACGGCCACCACGAUUGGACCCCCGCCUGGGUCCCACAUUAUGAGCACCAUGGACAUUAAGCGGUCGCCGAGAUUAAACAAAUUAUAACUAAGCUUUAAAUAAAUAAGAAAAAUAUAAUACCAUCAAAUGUCUACAGUAGAAAUAAGAUCGAGUCCACCUUAAAAUAAAAUUUGUAUGACCUUAAGGUCCCUAGUACGUUAGUUCGUUUGGGUGAAUCAACUUUUUCUUGCCUGUUA